CAACUCUACCUGGAACAUCACAGCCCAUCUUGGCCCAAAACACUUCCGCGCCGCGCUACGAACGAGGCCCGGUUCGGCCAUGGGGACAGGAACAGCACCGGAGGGAGAGGGAUAUCCGCCGCCACCGCGCUCCCACACGCCGUCGGCCAUGUCGCAGGGGUCGGAGGCGGGCACUGCUGCUUCUGGGGAGGGCGACGAGGAGAAGCGGCUGCGGGCUGCGCUGCGUCACCUGCAGGUGGAGGCGGGGGUGCUGGAGCGCCUUGUGUACAAGCACCGGAACCAGCACCGCGGCGCCGCCUACUUCCAGUACCUCCUCAAGGUGAGGAGGGACCUGAAGCUUCUGCUCGGCGCCGGCCUCGCGGAGGUCCUCAACGCCGUGUUCCCAGUUCUCGCAUGCCGCAAGCCGGCCAACACGAUCCUCGUCCCCACCAAGCAGACUAAGAAGAAACCUGGUGCAAACCACAGCCAUCAUGAGAGGCUUUUGGGUGUUGCCCGCUUGUUAUCCCAGAUGUCUGAACCUGUUAUGAAGGCAGCAAUUCAGAUAACUUUUUUACUUGCUAGAUCAUUCUUCGUUGAUCUUUGCACGGCUGUGUUCUCUUUGCUUGCACGAGUAAGGGUCCUGAUCCAACAGAUGUUACUUGAUGUUGUGUCAGUAUACAAUAAGGUCACCGAUCUUACUGAUAGGAAGCAGGCUGUUAAGAUUAGCAUCAGUGGAGUGCAGGCUUUCAGAGAGUACUACCCCUCUAUGAAUGAUGCAUGUACAGUUCUGGAGUGUGUAUGGGUAAAAGAUAAAUUCAUUUUGCAUGAAAAGGUUAAAGAUAUCUGUCAGGAAACCCAAGUUGAGGAUCAGAAGUGCUGCGGUCCUGAAUCUCCAAUCCAGUAUGAAACACUUGCACUGAUUAGUGAAGAUAUGAAAAGUCUAGAAGGAACGAACUCGCCAGCCAGCCAGCCAGACGCUGCUCUAGCAGAGCAAUCAGAUAAAAUGAUCCAUUGCAAUGAUGCUGGAGAUACUCAGAGUGGGAGGAAACUAGAAAAUGAAAGUGGUGCUUGUUCAGUUCCUGACACCCUUAGUACUCACGAGCACCUGAAGCCCGAGACUAGGAAGAGAGUAGCAUUUGUCGCAGUUGGAAAUCCAAAAGUCACAGGUGCAGACUCAGAAACAAAAUCAUCAGAGGUGAACAAGAAGCAGAGACUAGACAUGAUUUCUCCUUCCAACAUACAAUCUAGACUGUACAACAAAUUGCUGGAUUGUGAUACUAGAGAUAAUUCCAUACUUUAAUAUGUUCGCUUGUUAAGGGGACGAGCAAUAGGUAGGAAAGUGCGCUUGUGCUAAUGCAUCUCAAGACACGGUUCUGAAGCUGUGUGCACUAUCAGAAGUCCAGAAGUUGUGUGCAGUAUCAGAGAUUUAAAUUGUGAGCUGCAAGAUUGUUUUGUAGUAUUCAGUCACGCCAAUGUUCAGCAGCACACUUUUAUACAACUGAGUUUUGUUUGCAUCAGCAGAUUUCUUCCUUACAGAUUUAAUUAUUCAUUCAUUCAUUGUGUGAA